UUCUACAGAGUGAGACUGCCAUUUGUCCAUGCCAAAGAUAGGGUAUUUUAGUUGGGAUUCUUUCUUUCCGGGUUCAUCAAGAUUUUCCAACUGGAGAGAAUUUUCUUGCAUGACUGUUUUUUGGGGGUGGGUUCUCUUCUAUUUUCUCUGCAACUAAAAUAUAACCCACCUUUAAAAAGAGUUAUAUCUCUUCUGGGUUUUCCUUGACGGCUGGUUUUUUCCAUUCAAAGAGAUGAUUCCUAAUCGUUACAAGAACUUUUUUCCUUCAUCUGAAAAAAUUGAUGGUCCAUUAGAUUGCGAAGAUGGGAAUGAAGUCAGUUCCAAGGAAGGAAAGGGUCAUAUAUUAUGGAAGAAAGUGAAAUACCAGCUUGUUGAAUAUCACUCAUUGCCAGGGUACUUAAGGGACAAUGAAUUUAUCCAUGGCUAUUACCGCGCAGAAUGGCCAUUGAAGCAAGUCCUUCUUAGCAUCUUUAAAAUCCACAAUGAGACUCUUAAUGUCUGGACGCAUUUGAUUGGGUUCUUCCUUUUCCUCUUUUUGACUGUAUAUACAGCAAGUGAGGUUCCAGAUGUCGCAGAACAUUUGCCUGACAUGCUGCGAAAAACUGACUUCCACAAGAUCCAUUUAGACCUAAUGAAAUGCCUUCCUUCUUUACCUAAUAUGCCUGACCUUCAAAAGUUUAAGGAGGAUUUAAGGUUGUCUUUGCUUCGUAUGGAAUUCCUUUCCUCACUUUCUGGGAAUUUUGUGGAACGUCUUACCAAUUGCUUGCCUGAGAGGUUUACUCGGAUGUAUAAUGACAGCAUUUUGCAGCAAGGAACGGAAAAUGACAUGUCGAAAAUGAUAGCUCCGUUGAUGUUUCAUCCUAUCACAAGAUGGCCAUUCUUUGCCUUUCUUGCAGGGGCUAUGUUCUGUUUGCUAGCUAGCAGCAUAUGCCAUCUCCUGUCCUGCCAUUCAGAGAGAAUGUCUUAUAUAGUCCACAGAGUUGAUUACGCAGGAAUUGCUGCUCUUAUUGCAACCUCUUUUUACCCUCCUGUUUACUACUCCUUCAUGUGCAACCCUUUAUUAUGCAACCUUUAUUUAGGGUUUAUAACAUUAUUAGGCAUUGCCACUAUUAUAUUCUCCCUCCUUCCAGUAUUCCAGAAACCUGAACUACGGAGUUUUCGUGCUGGUCUGUUCUUUGGAAUGGGCUUGUCAGGUAUAGCACCCAUUCUUCAUAAGCUGAUACUGUACAGGAACCAACCUGAAGCGCUCCAGACUACAGGUUAUGAAAUCCUGAUGGGGAUUUUAUAUGGGCUUGGAGCGUUAAUCUAUGCUACUAGAAUUCCUGAAAGAUGGAAACCGGGAAAAUUUGACAUUGCUGGCCAUAGUCAUCAGCUUUUUCACAUCUUAGUUGUGGCAGGUGCUUAUACACACUACCAAGCAGGGCUUGUGUACCUAAGAUGGCGCGACCUGCACGGAUGCUAGAGUUUCAGGCAGAAAGAUUGAGGCGUUUUGUUAUUUUACACGUCCUGUGUUUAGCUGACAGGAAUAUUUCCGUGUCUUAUCGCUCUUUUUUUUUUUUUUUUUUU